UUUUAAAAAAAAAACAGUUAAAAUAAAGGUCAAAUCAAUUUAGUCAAUAAUAAGCAAUUUAAUAAUUAUAAUACAAUAGACGUUUAAUCCUUAAAAAAAAGGUUACUUUAAAUCACAAUAAAAUAUGGAAAAUAUAAUUGAACGGUAUGAUUGAAACGAAUGGAACUAUAAGAAAAUAUAGAUUAACCAUUACAAAUGAAACUACUUCAAAUUACUUGAAUGAUCAUUUCCUGCAUAAAACAUACCUCAUAAAUUUUUAUUGCUUUGAAUAAGUGAAAAUAUCAUUGAACCUCAAUGUACAUUGAGUCCUCUGGAGGUUACACCAAAAAAUGGGUUGGUCGUAGUCAUACAGCUACGGCUUAUGGUCCAGAUAGUACAAUGGCAGGAACUCAUUGGUCUGGUGCCUCAUUGAAAACUAAGAUUCGAAAAACUCUUGUAAAUCAACCACAAUCGGUACCACAGUUAUCCCCAAUGGCAUAUUUAUCCCCAAAACAACAACCAGAUUUUCGUUCAUUGAAUGGUUCAUUACCAGUGACUAAUAAUCAGUAUCCAUUUCUAAAACGUGACUCAUUAUUUGUUUGUAACAGUAGUCCAGGACCGAAUACGACUGUAACAGAACGUGAAUUUCUUGAUAAUAUACGAGAGAAAUCAAUUCCAGAAAUUCAAACUGCUCCAACAUCCCUUGAUCGACUCUAUUCACCUCAUUUGCUUACUAAAAAUAUUUUAAACAAUAAUAAUAACACUACUGUCAAUAUUACUACUUCUUCUGAUACAGCUUUUUUCAAUAAUAAUAAUAAUAGCAAUGAGAUGUGUUAUUCGAAUGGAUCAAAAGAAUCAAGAAGUUUAUCAAAUGAUAUAGCAUUUCGAAUAAAAGAGAAAUUCGAUCAACGUGUAUCAAAGCAUUUAUCAAAAUCUAAUCGAAAAAUAAAAUCAAAUGUAUAUACUUAUACAUCACAAUAUCAUUUACUUGCAGUAUUUUUAGUCAAUAAAGGUCAUGUAGAAGCAUGGUAUGCAUAUGCACCAAUGCCAAAUCAUUACAAUAAUAAUCAACAAAAUGAAUUAGGACAUACUCGUUUAUUAGAAUUAACACAACGUCGAUUACGUUUACUUCAACGUUAUUAUUCUGAUUCUAGACAAUAUGUUGUACUCUAUGUGAAUAAUAAUAAUUCUGAACAUUAUUUACCAAUGGGAUUAGUUAAUGAGGUGAAUAGUAAAUCGAGUAAAAAUAAAAAUCAUAUCUUAUCAAUAAAUAAAGAGGUAUUUGAAAAGGAUAGAUCAUUUUAUCGAUUUAUCAAUUCAUUAUUACCGAAUAAUAUGAAAUUUGUCAAUACUACUGAUAAUCAUAACAGUAGUGAUAAACAGAUAUUUGUAAAUAAAAAAGUAAAUAGUACUAAAUCCAUAAAUAAUGUGAAGUUAACAAAUAAAAUAGAUGAACAUCAGUAUCAAUUGAGUCGACAACAACAACAACCGAUCAAUAAUCAAACUGAAGAGAAACAGUUCAGUGAAACAGAACAACUAGUCAAAGUGACAAAUUCAAUAAAUCAUCGACCGAAUCUUUGGAGAAGAUUACUUGAGCAUUUGAUAUCACAUCAUCAAUCCACUGAUAGUAGUACUAUUAGUAGUAAAAAAGAUAGUUAUGAAGAUGAUGAUAAUAAUAAUAAUAAUAAUAAUAACAGUACUAAUAUUGAUAAGGAAAAUUGUUCUGAUAAUAUCAAUGAAAAUGUUGAUUUCAACUGUUAUGAAAAGUGUCUACAUUUGGACAGUUGUCUGGCUAAACAGCUUAGUACUUGUCCUGUAACACCAUCGUCAACUACAAUAACCAUGAAUGUUACUAAGAAUAUAUGUAGAAAUAAUUUUAAUAUUGGUCAAUGUAGCAAUCACAAUAAUAAUAAUAAUGAUAAUAAUAAUAAUAAUAAUUGUCGAAGGAUGAAAAAGAAAGAUUGUUUCACUUCAUUUAAAACAAAAACAACAAAUGAUAAUUUAUCAAGUAUACACCAAAUCUGUACUAAUGAUAAGUUAUCUGAUGUUAGUAAACAUGAUGCUGAUAGUCAACAAACUAUUGGUGAUAAAGAAGAUGGUCAAGAAAAAGACGAAAUUAAAUCAAUUAAAAAAUUAUCAGAUUAUGAGGAGAUAUGGUUGCCUAAAUUUUGUGAUUUGUAAAUUUACUAGUAAAUGUAUGUAGUUAAUAUAAAAAUAAUCUCAUUGAUUAGAUUUUUAAACAUGAAGAACUGAGGAAUUCACAAAACAGUAAAAGGUGGUCGGAUCAGUUGAGAAAGAAAUCCUGGUCAAAUCUCAUUGCCUUCUUUAAUCAAGUCAUGAUUAGUUGAUAAAAAGUAAACAAAAAUAGUAACUGAAAUCUUUGUUACAAGUCACUAUUUUCAUUAACACUAGUACAUAUAUUUCAAUAAAUACUACUUUGAUAUUAAUGCUCAAAUAUUGUGAAUAAAAGUCUAUAUUUCUG